UGCUUCCUGUUCCGCUAUUCUGCAUGGCCGGCGUCAGCGAGUGACAAGUUCCGCAGUUGCAGCUGCAUAUGCAUGACUCCGAUGUAUUCCCACGCAAACAAAUCAACAAUGCGUCUACAAACACUCGACAACAAACCUCUACCGGCACCGCCGUCGCCUACUCUCACCAACCCGGACAUGGUGCUACCGAACGCCUUCGUGCUGGAUGUCCACGAGGCCCAACGACCACCAUCACCUUCAUACCUCCAGGCCCAAGCGACAAAGAAACUCGGCAACAAGCGAAAGUCCCGACCCAACCUUCGCGCUCCCUCUCAAUCACCUGCGCAUGCUUAUGCUUCGUCGCCUACCCUCAAUGUUGAAAGCCCAGCAUGGGACGACCGAAGAUUGAGUUAUGCUGCCAGCAGUAUCCUUACCGAGGACCUGGAGAACAUGCAGAUUCCCAGGUUCGAGUCGAGUCUGGACUCUGAUACCGAGACGCUGGAUGAGGACGACUUUGACAUUGACACGCCUAGCGAAUUGUCCUAUGGCGAUGUCUUGAAGUCCGAGCAGUCCAACGUGACCCUCAUGCGCGCAGAACUCAUUCUUGCCAAUGCAAAGAAGCGACUGAAUCUCAUGGACCAGAACCUACGGGGCGCUCGCGAAAUCGUCACACCCUUGACUGCUGCCAAUCUCAAGCGUGCCACAUCUCUCACCACAGGACCCGUCCGCAAUACAUCCUUCUCUCGCCCUCGCUACCUACCGCACAACCAGCACACGUCAAACACGCAGCACAUGCGUGUGCUCAGCGACUCCGAAAUCCAGCCCGAUGAACGUCGCUACAUGUCCUUGAACGUCAACUCGACUCCCUCAUGGACAUCGAACCCAGUCCGCACAACUCGCAGCUCUGAGUUGCUACGACAUCCCCGCAGCCCAUUGAGUCCCGAUCCUCAACUAGACACUGUCUCCGAAGAGCAGAGUGUACGAAAUCAGACGUCGGCGCAUAACUUGCGUGAGCAGAUGAUGCAAUUGAGAGGCAGAAUAUCUACUUUGAAAGAGAGAGCACAAGAGGAGAACUUGAGGAGAAGAAGCACAAAUAACCUUCGAGAGACUUGCCCCUUGAACGAUGCCGAUACUGUGUCUGGAGCUUCAGGUUCGCCUAGACCUAGACUUGCUCGCAUCACGAGGGCAAGCAAGGUGCCAGGCGCCUGGGUCUCUGCUGAGACAAUCGACGACCACGACGAUGAAGAUGGAGAGGAACAUUUUGAGGAAGAGGAGGAUGAUGACGACAACUACACCCUGCCCAAUUCUGGUUCGGGAAGCACAGAUCGCACCUCUACGCCUACUACUGCGACGACUCAGCAUUCAAACCCACGAAGCAUCUACGAAGAUGCUCCUGAAUCAUCUCCACAAGUAUCCGGUCCUCGUCACGAAGACCGCGAUGACGCCUUUGACUACUCCAAAUUCUUCUUGCACUCUGCAACAGGCAGUUUCGAGCCCAACACGCCUACCCGCCAUGCUCGUAGCACUUCUCUCAGUUCUUCCGACUCUUGCUUGACCGCUCGUGCUUACCCUGUCAACUCUGGCCAUGUUACGAGUGGAGCUGAAGAGGAAGAAGAGUUACAACCACCUCCUACACCAGAGACUCCAGAAGCUCUCCGACACAUUGAAGAAGUCAAGCUACCCGCGCGCAUGCAGCAUCGCCGAGGCCUGUCAGCAGAAUCUCUCGCCACCAUUGCGACAUUCGAGACAGCAGAAGAAGGACAUCAAGCUUCUAUUGCUCAAUGGCUGAGCAGAAGCACUUCAGCCUCUUCAAUCCACAACCCUGCCUCUCCUCCAAAGCCAUCCAGAUCUCAUCCAUCCACUCAAACCGGCCUUCCUAGCCCUUCUAUCCCACCAACUUACACACCAGCUUCAACACAACAAGGACAGCAAUACAUAUCUAUCUCUCCAUCUGCUACCACAAUGGCCGUCUCUGCUCUUUUGGACCCUACUAAAGGCAAAGGUCUUGGCAGCAAAGAUGAAGCUCUAGUCUACACUCUGGUAGAGAGCUUGAGAGAAUUCGUCGGAGAAUUGCAGUCAGGUGCCGGAGGUGAGGAAAGAAGAAGAUCGUUGAGAAGACGACUCGAUGAAGCGAGGAGAGUGCUUGAAGGUGAAGAUAUCGAGAGGUAUGAUUGAUACUAAAUUCUCCACUUCCUUGGAGCACACUUUGAUAUUUGUUUUGUUUCGAAUUUUCCUGCUUGGCCUUUUUUGUUGGCAAGUAUUCUUGUUUUUGUCUUUCUCUAUCGACAUACUUUUCUUUUCUAUAUAUUCUAGAUACCCUGUUUCAUAUUACUCUUCUUUCGCUGUACAUUAAUGCCGUCCUCUCAGCUGAUCGAGAUACUCCUUGUCCAGUGUCUGUCAAGAUACAAGAUGUUUUUACAUAUUGGUUGAAAUAUCCCACGAGA